AUGGCCCGGGGGAGCGGCCGGGGAGCGGGACUCACAGGGAGGGGCCCCGGAAGCAGGCGGAGCAGUUAUUAUCAUCGCGGGCCGGAAGGAUGUGGGUGUCGGGAGCGCUUCUGCAGUCCGUGUGCCGGGCUGCGGCGGGAGGGCUGGGUCAGGUGUGAGCGCAGGUCCCCCCUCCCGCAGCCUGUGCAGGCGGCCGUCACGUCGGUGGGGGCCGGGCUGGAGAUGAAGACGCUCAGGCCGAGCCGGGUGCGGGCUCCUCCUCGCCCAGCCAGCGUUAGGCCCGAGCUGCUGGAGCAGAAGCCGAGGGCCGGCCCCGUGCCUGAAGUGUGA